AUGUCAUACAAUACACUGUCGACAAACACCUUUCCUAUUUCACCGUUCAUGGAAUUCUAUUGCAACAACAAUAAUAAUAAUAAUAAUAGUAAUAAUAAUGUUCCUAACAGUCCCACAUCAUCAAAUUGUUAUGCAUCAAAUCAGACUGUACAUAUGAUGAAUUCCUCACAAUCCACAUCUUCUGCUUUCAUCAAAUCACCAUUGGAUACUCUGAGUUACACGCCACCACACUCACUCUACACAAGUCGUCAAUUUCACUCGAAACAUUCACCUGUAAACUUAGAUGUCACUCUUCAAAACAAUGGUGACAACAAUGACAACAGACGUUUUGAUGGUCAUCAUAGUCAACUUAAUCAGAAUGCACAUUACUCUGAUUCACUGUUAUUCCUUCAAUAUCAUAAUUAUAUUCAUCGGUAUAACGGAGAGAGGAGUAAUGUGACUGUGGAUGAAAUCAGUUCUCCGCAGGCGAAAUCAACUCCACCUCACAGGAGCAGUCAACAUUCUCGUCACAAUCAUAAUCACAAUCACCACCAUCCUCCACAUCAUCGUCAUCCACAUAAUCAACGAUCAUCUCAUUUGGAAAAUAUUCCAUUAUGUGCUGGAGUUCUACACGGAGAAGUGAAUGGAGAGGAGGAUCCGAAACCUAAUUUCAGUUAUAUUGGAUUAAUAGCCAAAGCAAUAUUGAGUACUCAGGAAAGACGGAUGAUACUCUCCGAGAUCUAUCAAUGGAUCCAGCUACGUUAUCCAUAUUUUCGUACACGUGGUCCUGGUUGGCGUAAUUCAAUUCGACAUAACCUGUCGUUGAAUGAUUGUUUUAUUAAAGUUGGUAGAGCUGCCAAUGGGAAAGGACACUACUGGGGAAUACAUCCAGCCAACUUGAAAGAUUUUCUCAGUGGUGAUUUCAGACGGCGAAGAGCUCAGAGGAAGGUACGUCGAGCAUUGGGAUUGACACGUCCUGGUGAUCGAGACGAUGUGGAUGACACUGACGAUGACGAUGAGGAGGCCGAUGAAGAUGACGGUGAGGAGAAGUUGGGUGUGGAGAUGGGAGUGAAUGACAGAGACGAUCGUUAUUCCCUAAUCACUUCUCAAAUUCCAUCAGCUCACUUCAUCUCACGACGAACUGUCAAACAUCCUUCAAAUGUAUCUAAAUCUGUGAAGACAAUCACACCGUCAGUAAUGACAACAUCACAUCAGCCAUCUGCACAAUCAAUAAACAGAAGUAGCACACAGACAACCGCGUCUGAUUCAUCACAAACCAAUUCACUCAAUCCAUAUCACUCACACCAGACAAUCAAUAUGAUGUCUCCCAUUGUCAAUCAGUCAUUCAAUAUCCCACUCACUCACACUACUCAUCUCCAACACCACAAUACACCUCCGUUCACCUGCAAUACCCCAUUCACAACAGUCGGAAUGAACACAUCGAAUGAAUUGAAGGCAACACUAGAGACAUUGAAACACUUCAAGUAUUUCUAUCCCAACACACAAAUCAAUAUUCCCCCGAGCAGUAGGUUGAAUGUCAAAGACACAUUGACAGAUUUAUUCUAUGCUAAUUUAAUGCAUCUAUUACACAACAACAGUCAAACAUCAGCAGUUACUCCACAUUCUGAGGAUCACUUGACAUCCUGUGAACAGACUAGACCAUCAGAUCAGUCGACUCAUCUCAGUUGUAGCCCAAAUGAUUGUAAUGGGAAUGAUGAGAAAUCUCGGAGUGAUUCAUCCAAUCCACAUUCACAGGAACAUUCUCAAAAUUCACGUGUGAUGAAUGUCAGUUUCAAUGUUGCCAAUUUGAUCGACCAUCAAAAUCAUCAUGAUGACCAAUCACAUCAGAAUAUCACUUGUGACAAUGAUGACGACGGCGAGGGCGAAAAAAGCACCUCAGAAAGGAAGAUCACAGAUGAUAAGCAUGGAGAAUAUGACUCAGUGAAUAGACAAUCUGUCCCCUGCAAACUGUACUCAACUACACCUAAUCAUCAGUUGUUAGAUAUGGAGGAUGAAUUGUUGUUAUCAGUGUCGAAUAAUUCUUCAGCGUCAAGUAAUACAGAGAGUCCAUUAGAUUAUUCAUUAAUUAAAUAA